AUGCGUAAGCAAAUAGUUUCCGUAAAUAUUUGCGUACGCAAAUGUUGUUCUCAAAAACGCGUUUCACUAAACAGCGUAAAUUAACGCUGUGCGUAAAUUCUGGCGUACAUUUACGUCACAUAUGUACUUCGCGUAAAUCAGAAAAAUUGGCGUAAAUCCGGAAGUGUCAUGGCUGCCGUUGCUGAAGCGUUCGCAUUACGCGAGAUUCGUCCUCGAAUAUUCCGAGCACGAAUCGACACCUUAAGCUAUCUGAGCGAAAAGCAAAUCGUUGAGAGGUAUCGUCUGUCGACGGAGGGUAUUAUUUACCUCGAGGAGUUAAUUCGUGCCGAUUGCGAGCCUAUGAGUGACAGGAGUCACUCACUGAACGUCAGAACAAAGCUCCUAGUUACACUACGCUACCUUGCCAAAGGAGAUUUUUAUAGCGAGGUUGGAGAUCUGCAUGGAGUCAGCAGGAGCUCUGUGUGCCGGUGUAUUCAACAGGUUAUAAGUGCCAUUAACCGAAACCUGAACAACAUCACCUUCCCAGCAUCUUUGCAUGACCUUGCUGCAACAAAACAGAAGUUCCAUCGUGUAGCAGGAAUCCCGAAUGUUAUAGGCGCUGUGGAUGGAACACUGAUCCCAAUUCAAGCUCCAUCUGAAAAUCCUCAGUGUAUGUCAUAAACGUAUGUGUGCCGAAAAGGAUACCAUGCUGUAAACAUUCAAGCUGUUGUGGAUAGCAGCUUAAGGUUUACCAAUGUCAAUGCAAAGUGGCCUGGUUCAACACACGAUGCCACAGUAUUUGAUAACUCUUCACUGAAGGACCACCUUGCUAUCAACAAGCCAGGAUGGCUAUUGGGAGAUUCUGGUUAUCCAUUGAGAGAAUACCUGAUAACACCCAAGAACAACCCACAAACAGCACAAGAAUUGGGAUUCAACGGGGCUCACAGCCGAACUCGAAUUUGUGUUGAAAGAGCAUUUGGACUUUUGAAGGCUAGAUUUAGGUGUCUGCAUAGAAGUGGUGGUGUCCUUCCAUUCCGUCCUGGCAAGUGUAUGGAGGUGGUUGUGGUAUGUGCCAAACUCCACAAUUUGUGCCUUGACCUCAAGAUACCUUUUGACAAUGAAGAAGAAGAAGUGGACAUUGAUGAAGAUCCACAGAUUCUGUAUCCUGAGGGCAACAAUCAGCAAUGCAGGCAGAGAAUAAUUGCAAUGUUUUAAAGGAUAUGUUCUUAUUACCUGCUUCAUUGAAAAUUCAAAGUCAGUCGAAUGAUACGCUUGCAUUGUGUUCUGAUUGACUAGGGCGUAUCAUUCGACUGGCUUUUAAUUCCCACAUGGAAUUGUAAUUAUUUGGUUGAUGUUGGUGAUUAUGUUCAGCAAGUGAAAAUUUACCUGUUUCACUAUUGAUUAAGGAAAAUUAAGUAUGUACUUGUAAUUAUAAUUGUAUGCCCCCUUUUAAAAAAAGGGGGUAUAAUGUUUUUGGCCUGUCUGUCUGUCUGUCAUUGUGUGUGACUGUCCCAAACUUUAACCUAAGUUAAAGUUUUGUCAUAAUUUUUGCAGUAUUGAUCAUAGCAACUUGAUAUUUGGCAUGCAUUUGUAACUCAUGGAACUGCACAUUUUGAGUGGUGCAAGGUUGAAAUGGUUUCAAGUCAUUAAUUACAAGUACUGGAGUCCUGACGAUUUAUACUCUACUUAACACUGAUUUAGCAUAACAAAUGACAAAAGGGCAUCCACAGAAGUAUGGAUCUUCUUCAAUUCCUCCAACUUCUGCUCUUCAACCUUUCGCAUCUUCUGCAUUUUCUCUAUCUUCAUUCGCUUUAGUUCGAGCUGCUGCUCUUGUAAGUUCAUCAGCCUUUCCUGGUAAACUGUAACAUCACCUGAAUAACCGAUUCAAACAAUAACAGCGAUAUAAAUUUACAAGAGUCCAGUAGCCAAGGCUCCUAAAAUUUGUUGGGCUAAUGGGUAAAAAUGUUAAGUGUAUAACCCUGCAUUAUAGUACAUGUAAGAAAUAUUUAGGGACUUUAUAGAUAUACCCUGUUAUAUUGAAAUUUAGUAAUCAGACUAUUCAUGCAUCUGUCUACCUUUUCUCAUUCCCACUUUCUUGAAUAGUACACCCAUAUUGCAUUUUUUGCGAAACUUUUCCUCAAUAAUUAUUAUAAAGUACUGUAUUGUAUAGUACGGUAGUGAGGAGGGAAUAAUCUCAAGCUUUCUGUAAUUGAUUGAAAGAGGUAGACGCAUGUGCCUUUGUUAUCAGAAAUCUCAUGCAUAACAAAUAUUGUUAAAUAACAAUUUUUUUCAAAUUACCUAUUUUCCUUUUCUGUGGCGUCUUCUCUUUUUUGCCUGUAAAGUGAUGUGAAACUUUUUUUUUAAUGUUCACUGGAAGGCAUAUAAGCAUAUUGGAUAUUAUUUAUUUCAAUUUUGUAAACUUAUGUUGUAUUACACUUACUUGGUGUGGAACUCACACUGGCAGCUUUCUGACUUUGCUGACACUGAAUAUCUGCAAGUGUUAACAGCUUUCAUGUUGUAUCAAAAUGAAAUACUGUGAAAGGAUAUAAUGCUAUAAUGUAAACUAAUGUUCUAGGUGGGAGAUGAGUACACACCUUUCAAGUUGACUCAGUCACUCUUAAAUUCAAAGUUUUAAGUGUAUUCACCAAUUUCCUGUUUAAAUGUUUGUUAUACUAUCUAUUAUACUUAUGUACUAAACCAUCAUUCAUGUAGUAUUAAUAAAUUGGUGUGUUUGUCAUUUCCGACCAAAAAUGAAAACUGUUUUUAUACUUAAGAAUUUUAUUGUUUAAAUGAAUUAACAUUAUCUUUUAAAGUUGAUAAAUCAUGUUAUAUCCCUGUGUUUGAGUGUCACCACUGACCAGUUCGUAGAUGGUCUGACCAUAGGCGAUAUAUGAUUUUGUAUGUCAUUUUUUUUAAACAUUGCGCAAUAGUGCUUAAUGUUCGCUUUCAGUAUUUUAUGGUUAAUUUCUUAUGGCAAAUUAUAUAGUGAGAUCAGUGGGGGCAAUCAAACUUGUAAUAUGUAAUAUAGUCUUUCACUGUACUGUGAUAUAUGCUAAUAAGUCUCAUAACUCUAAGAUUGUGCAAAGCUGUGUUAACUGAUUUCCAGACUUUAGUGGAGACUAUAUAACUUUAUGGUAUUUGGAAGAGAGGUAUUAUGAUGACUUAUAUGUUGAUUUAAUUUUCUAGUCUCUUUUAAGUUAUAACUCGAUACUUCCGAGUGGCAGCAUUUUAUUAUUGUGCUUAUGUUUGAUUGUAUAUAUGAUGAUGAGACUGUACUAAACUAAUAAACCCUUUUUAUCCCCCGCCAGAGGCGGAGGGAUAUUGUUUUGGCGUUGUCCGUCCGUCCGGCUGUCCGUCUGUCCGGCACUUUUGUGUCCGGAGCCAUAUCUUGGAAGUGCUUUGGCGGAUUUCAUUGAAACUUGGUAUGAGUAUAUAUAUGCAUAAGAGGAUGAUGCAAGCCAAAUGGCAUUGUACACCAUCUGUUAAAAAGAGAGUUAUGGCCCUUUGUAUCUUGAAAAAAUGCUUUUUACUAUAGGCACUUUUGUGUCCGGAGCCAUAUCUUGGAAGUGCUUUGGCGGAUUUCAUUGAAACUUGGUAUGAGUAUAUAUAUGCAUAAGAGGAUGAUGCACGCCAAAUGGCAUUGUAUACCAUAUGUUAAAAACAGAGUUAUGGCCCUUUGUAUCUUGAAAAAAUGCUUUUUUAGUGUCAAAUAUAACACUUUGGUGUCCAGAAGUAUAUAGGCGGGGGAUAUCAAUUCAACGAAUUUGCUUUUGAAUAUUUUGAUAUUGCCAGUUUGAUUUUUCUUAUUUAUAUACAGCUACAAUAAUUACCACUGAGCUCAGGCGUGCUGUCAUCAACCUUGUAUUCUGGAAAUAAAAACAGAAAGACAUGC